AUGGCCAAACUUUCCCUCCUCACAACCAAGACACUCAAAGCCACCAUGUACCUCUUGUACCUAGCCAUCACCCUAGGAUGUGCCAACUCUGCCAGGAUCCUUGAUGAGGUGGACACACAACCCCCCAUCCUCCCUAAUCCAUCUCAAUUAUCCAAUCCUGCCACAACAACUGUCCCAAAUGUAACUCCAACAGUUGGUCCCGCCACCACAUUGCCAAGUGGCCAAAUCCCUGCCACCACCACCGCUCCCACUACUGUAGUCGAUGACACUGACUCGCCACUACCCGAACCUGAAACUCCUGACGCAAAUACCACACCCGUGGCACCCGUACCAAAUGUUCAAGUACCCAACACCAUCCCGACACCCGUUGCUGGCGUGGCACCCGUAACUAGUCCCACCACCACUGCCACCGCCGCCACAUCUCCAACUGGACCAACCCCCGUUACCACCGCCACCUCAGCAACACCUGGCCCACAAAUUCCCCCACUAACCUUCUUCAUGCACGACGUCCUAGGAGGGACCCAUCCAUCAGCCAGAGUGGUCACAGGGAUCAUAGCCAACACCCAAAUCAACGGCCUACCUUUCUCCAAAGCCAACGACAACAUCUUCCCAGUCUCCGGAGCGGUCCCACUGACAAACGAAAACCUCAACGGCCUCCUCAACAACAACAACAACCUCCCAUUCCUCGCAGGUCUCAACGGCAUCGGACCCCAAUCCUCCACCACCUUCCAAAACAGCGGCAACAACGCCAUCACCAACGGCGGAAACAGCCAGCCUUUUGUGACGGCGGGCCAGUUGCCAUCUGGGGCUUCGCUACAAAAACUCAUGUUUGGAUCGUUAACUGUUUUCGACGAUGAGUUAACCGAAGGACAGGAGCUGGGUUCAGCUGUGCUUGGUAAAGCUCAAGGCUUUUACUUGGCGAGCUCGUUGGAUGGGACGAGUCAGACCAUUGCUGUGACGGUGUUGCUUUCACAUGGUGGUGGUGGUGCCGGUGGUCAACAACAUCAUGAUCAAACGGUGAUUGAGGAUGCGAUAAGUUUCUUUGGGGUGCAUCGGACGGCGUCGCACGAGUCUCAGAUAGCGGUGGUUGGUGGGACCGGGAAGUAUGAGAAUGCAAAAGGGUACGCCACGUUGGGGUCGCUUCAUCAGGAGAAUCAGCACACCACGGACGGCGUGGAUACCAUCUUGGAGUUCAGUGUUUAUCUUUCUUAUUAG